AUGUCUUCCGUUGACAUGAUAAAGACUUCAGAUCACAUCAAGAGACCAAUGAAUGCAUUCAUGGUAUGGUCCCGGGGUCAAAGAAGAAAAAUGGCGUUGGAGAAUCCCAAAAUGCACAAUUCCGAAAUAAGCAAAAGACUUGGCGCAGACUGGAAGCUCCUCUCUGAAGCCGAAAAGAGACCUUACAUUGACGAGGCAAAGAGGCUGCGAGCACAGCAUAUGAAAGAGCACCCAGACUAUAAGUACAGACCAAGGCGCAAGACGAAAAGUUUGCUGAAAAGAGAAAGAAUCGUUUUCUCUCUGCCCUCCGUCGGGGACUUAAAUGAUUUUAAAGGAUAUUCCGCCGAGUCCCAUCUGCUUUCUUCGGAGGGAGUGAGAACUUUUCUGCCACCAGCAUCGACAUUGCAUCCCUUCCUAGACGCAAAUCAGUUCAGCGCUACCGCCAUUCAGAAAAUACCAGACAUUCCACACACCACAACUACUAGGACCUUUUCGUACGCUUCGUCUGUAGGUUUUCAGAAUGGAGCCUUUGGUAGUUUGGGAUGUCCCGGUCAGCCAACACACUGCCAGCCGUCUCCUUCAAGCCCAAGCUACAUGGUGCCAUGUAACUGCGCGGCGUGGUCAGCCUACAGCCUACAGCCGCCUGUAGCUUACAUACUUUUUCCGGGAACAACGAAAGCUGGCGCAGAGUACCCAUCAUCGCCUUCAGGUGGACUGUUAGAGAAGUAA